CUCGCCAUGGUGGAGCAGGGAGACGCGGCGCCGCUGCUGCGCUGGGCCGAGGGCCCCGCCGUCUCCCUGCCGCAGGCCCCGGAGCCGCAGGCGGGAGGCUGGGGCCGGGGCGGCGGCGGGGGCGCCCGGCCGGCGGCGGAGCCGCCCCGGAGGCGGGAGCCCGAGGAGCCGGCCGCCCCGGAGGUGCUGCUGCAGCCCGGGCGCCUGGAGCUGGGCGACGUGGAGGAGGACCAGGUGGUGGCCGUGUUCGUGGUCACCUUCGACCCCCGCUCGGGGAACAUGGUAGAAUGGUGCUUACCUCAAGAUAUUGACCUCGAAGGUGUUGAGUUCAAGUCUAUGGCCAGUGGGUCCCAUAAAAUCCAAUCUGAUUUCAUCUAUUUCCGAAAGGGGCCCUUCUUCGGCCUGGCCUGCUUUGCCAACAUGCCAGUGGAGAGCGAGCUGGAACGUGGCGCGCGGAUGAAGUCUGUGGGCAUCCUCUCUCCCUCCUACACGCUGCUUUACCGCUACAUGCACUUCUUGGAGAACCAGGUUCGGCACCAGCUGGAGAUGCCAGGACAUUACUCUCAUCUGGCCGCCUUCUAUGAGGACAAAAAGGGGGUGCUCCAUGCUGGUCCCGGCAGAGGCAGCAGCCUGCCCCCUGUCUACUGGCUGCCUUCCAUCCACCGAUACAUGUACCCUGAGAUGAAGAUCACACACCCAGCUGGCUGCAUGUCUCAGUUUAUAAAGUUCUUUGGAGAACAGAUCCUCAUCCUCUGGAAAUUUGCCUUACUUCGAAAGCGCAUUUUGAUAUUUUCUCCCCCACCUGUGGGCGUGGUGUGCUAUAGAGUGUACUGCUGCUGCUGCUUGGCCAACGUUUCACUGCCUGGCAUCGGGGGCACCAUUCCUGAGUCCAAGCCUUUCUUCUACGUGAACGUGGCCGACAUCGAGAGCCUGGAGGUAGAGGUGUCCUAUGUGGCCUGCACCACAGAGAAGAUAUUUGAGGAGAAGCGGGAGCUGUAUGACGUCUACGUGGAUAACCAGAACGUGAAGACACACCACGACCACCUGCAGCCGCUGCUGAAGAUCAACAGCGCUGACAGGGAGAAGUACCGCCGGCUCAAUGAGCAGAGGCAGAUGCUGUUGUACUCCCAGGAGGUAGAAGAAGACUACAACCCUUGUGAAGAGGACCUCUUCGUGCUAUUUUUCCUAGAACAAAACAACCGGAUAUUUCAGACUUUGUUGGAGGUGUCUGCCAGUCAAGACAAAACUCUGACAGCAGAGCAUGCCCGGGGCAUGGGCCUAGACCCCCAAGGAGACCGGAGCUUUCUCCUGGACCUGCUGGAGGCCUAUGGCAUUGAUGUCAUGCUAGUCAUCGACAACCCCUGUUGCCCGUAGGAGCCAACAGGACUGGGAGCCGCUUCAUGUGGGAUGUCAGCAGCCUGGAGUUCACCCAAGGCCCCCAGAGGGCCUCAUUUUUUAUUAAGUUGACACGAAGGAAUAUUGUUUAUACUUUCCAACAAACAUAAUUUUUGCAAUUUCCUUUCUGCCCUUUUCCCUAGAGAUAAGGUGAGAUCGCCUUGGUUUAGUGUCCUGCCAUGUUAGGAUAUUGGAAUCUGCCACUUUCUCCCAGAGCUGCUGGUCCUUUGGGCUUGGUCAUAGGAGUUGUAUCACUAGGAAUGGGCUGAGCUCUGGAAAUAUUGGGAUGGACUGUUCAGAAAGUUUGUGCGGUCUUUGUCCGUUGACGUAUUUGAGAAUAAGACAACCAUCUGUCCCCUGUGGCCUUAAGAUGUUCAUCUGUCUAAAGGCAGAAACUAGACCGGAUGAUCUUUUAAAGUUUUUAGUAGCUCUAGGAGUCUUGGGAUCAAAUCCCUUUUCUUGUUCACUGGGGCAACUUUAUGUCUUCUCUGUUUACUUGAGUAGGGACCACAAAGAAGGAAAAAAGGAUGUUUCUGACACCAAAUGGGAGCUUAUCUUACGGUCAGAAUGACAGAGGUUGCUUAUCAGUGAGCUGAAGACUAAAAUUGUAGAUUGAAGCCUUGAAACCUUCCUCAAAGUAACUUCAUGGUGGCCAUGCAAUGUAAUGUUCCUCUUUCUCUAAACCCCUCCUCUUGGGAUGAAUUGGUGAACUUUUAAGGGCCAGUGCUGGCCUUGGAGCUUGCAAGCAAAUUAAUUUUCCAAUUUAGUCUCUUAAGGGUUUAAUAUGCUCUUGGAGUAAGGGGUAUUUUUAAAGGCUGAAGUUUGGGCUGCUGGAGGAUAGAGCAGUUGAAGUUCGAACAGGAUGGAGAAGUCACUCUAAGUCUCUUCAUCUGGACGUGAGUUCUCUGGAGGCAUUAGCAGUAGCAACUCUGGAUCAACACAGAUUUUCUGGAUUCCGAAAUCUAGCAAGGAUCUGAGCCGGUUAACUCAGAGGGUGGAGCAUGAUGCUAACAAGACCGUUCAUCAUUUUGGACCCCUCACAAACACACUUUUCUUUAGCAGAGGUGACAUUCCUUAGGCUAAAUCUUUGGAUCCAGGGACAUAACAGAUUUGUUGAGAGAAAAUGUGGCAGUGCCUUCACCCAGGACAGUGGUCAGGAAGCCCCGAGCAUCACUGAUGGAUUUAUCCAUUCUCUUCUGAAGUGCUCUGCUCUAGGCUGGGUCCCAUUUUCACCUGCCUGUCCUCUGAUUGGCUUUUGCAGGAGGGCAGCUUACGUGUUUGUCAACCAGUUAGAAAGCCAGUUCCUGUGGGUUGAGUUUAGGCCUUCUUAGCCAUGAUUGAGAAUUUUGACUUGGGAUACUGGGUUGCUGGUGACAAAUAAUGUCUUCCUCUUCUCCCUUCCCGCCUGGCUCGAUUAUGGGAAUAGCCAUCAGUACAUCUAUGUCUGUGACCAAGACCCAGCCAGACUAACGUACACAGCAGAGAGAAAUAACAUUCAAAUGGUGGGUCACACAUCUCAUCUCAAGAUAAGGUGCUUAGGGUUCACUGCUUUAUUCAAAAGUAUUUUCACUGUAGCUCCUUCACAUGGAAUAUCAAAACUGAAGAAAUUCACACGUGGACAUGCAAAUAGACAUUGAUUAAUCAAGGUAGCAUCUUUAUGUAAAUAUAUAAAUAAGUUUGGGCAUUGAAAUGUAAACUGUACAGCUAAUACACUUCUCCUCUGCAGUGUUGGUCGCUGUCAUUUCAGUAAUGUAGAUGUUUACAAAAGAAAAAAACAUCUGUGUUUCAAGGUUGAAGACUCAUCUUUUUUUCUCCUUUACACACAACCUCUCCUCUUGCCUCUCAAGGGUUGAGGGGUCCUUUCUAACUUAAGGCUAAUGGUUACUUUUCAUGGUAUCCUGAGGUUCAGGGUGUUUUAAGCUGGGGGUAGGUGGUUAGAGGCAGGAGCAGGAGUGAAAGGAAAGGUCUGAUUCUCCUAGAGGACACAGGAAGACCUUUUUCUGGAAUUAGGGAAUCUGCCAGGAGGAGCUGUUUUAGGCACUUCUGCUCCGAGCCUUCUAUAUGCAAACACUCUGCGGGUUUAACUGCAAGCUCAGAAGUGCUGGUGUAAACAUAGCAGGGUGAGAAUGAAGUUCCUGCAUUUUCCUGUGAAUGGUGAGUCAGGGCUUCUGGGUUCCCUUAACUUUGUGCUUGUCUCGGUAGCUUUCUGUCUCAGUCUACCCUCCCGCUCAUGCAGAGGGCCAGGGUAUGGGUGGCCACAAAGGAGAAUGUGCCAGUGAGGCAGUGAAAUAUUUUCUGAGAAACCAUCUGCUUUUGUUCAGAAGAAAGUGCUGAACAUCGUUCACAGACUUCUAGGUCUGUAAGCUCUUUAGGGGCGGGCAUUAUGAUUACCAUUGGCCUCCUGGAGGAGGGUUGGAAACUUGUGGUGUGAUACCUUCUGCCACUAUCUCCUGCUGGGCCUCAGCCCUGGCCUGCCUGAGCAGGCCUAGUUCUCCUGUGAAGCUUUCAGCCUGACCUCAUGCCACACUGUGAAACGAAACAUGUGCCAGUUGAGAAAUAAUUGCUGAGCUGAGACGCUGGCUGGGCUGCCCUGUUGUUCCUAAGUCAGAAGAAAUUCCAGGUGGGAGGAGAAUUCCGGUUUGGGGCUUGUUGGUGUCCAUGUAAAAUAUGACAAAGGCCUGUUCAAGGGGGUGUUUUCAAUUCUGUGGGCUCAGCAGAUGAUACUACUCAGCCUUUGGGAAAAUGUCCAGUUGCCUCCUGGCUUAGGACUCUCCACAAGGAGUUCCAAAUGGUAGGGCUUAUCCCCUACCAGAAUAAAAGUAUGGCCCAAAUUAUGUGUUUAGAAUUUGCUUGGGCUUUAAACAUGAAACAUUCCCUAUGCCUGGUAGAGACAAUUCCAGUGUCAGUGUCCCACCUGGGACCUCUACAGUCCUCAGUAAAUUAUGAUUGCAAUGAAUUAGAAGGCUUUUGUCUUCCAUAUCCAUCAUCCAUUAUAGCAUCUGUGUCUCCAUCUGGUUAGGGGGAGGGAAGCUGAAAUCAUUGAUGUAUCAAUAGAAGUAAUUUAGCUUAGGAACUUGCAUCUAGAACUUACCUUGUUUUGUUCCACUUUAAA